AUGGAGGGCCUCAGAUGGUCAUGGCACUCCUGGCCGGCUACCAAGCCCGAAGUUGCGUCUCUAGUCAUCCCACUAUCCAUCAUGUGCACCCCCUUAACGCCAUUUAAUGAGCUUCCGAUUCUGCCUUACGAUCCUUUGACUUGUUCUCAAUGCCACGCAGUUUUGAAUCCGUAUUCCCGGGUUGAUUACACUGCGAAAAUCUGGGUCUGUCCGUUUUGCUAUGAGAAGAAUCGGUUCCCAGUAUCGUAUAUUCAUAUUAACGAAAAUAAUAUUCCUGCUGAGCUUUUUCCUACCUACUGCACUGUGGAGUAUCAUUUGAAUAAAAGGGGUUCGGAACAAGGCUCGGGUUUGAGUUCUGGUCUGGGCUCGGCACCAAGCAUGAAUAAGGCAUUGGGUAUGAGGUCUAAUAGUAGUUCAUUUACAUCAAUGUCAGCAUAUUUGGGUUCAAGUUCGGGUUCGGAUUGGGCAGGGCCUGGGUUAGUGGUGGGGCCAGCGAUUGUGUUUGUUGUGGACGCUUGUACACCAGAAGACGAGCUGGGACUGCUGAAGAGUGAAUUGUUGCAUGUCAUCACUCGAUUACCAGAGAAUGCCCUGGUGGGUCUGGUUGUCUUUGACUCUAUGGUGAAGGUGUAUGACUUGGGGUUUACCGAGUGUUUGAGGGUUGUUCUUUUUCAUGGAGAGCGUGAGGUUUCAUCGGAGCAGACUAAGCAGCUUCUUGGGCUCCAUCACAUGACACAAUCCCUUGGAAAGUCAUCAGCUGUUCAAAGAAAGGACUUUCUCUUGCCAGUGUCACAAUGCGAGUUCAACAUAACAUCUGCAAUCGAAGAUAUCCAUUCUUCACCACAGAUCAUGCGAGGACACCGGCCUCUACGGUCUACAGGUGUUGCAAUAUCAGUGGCUGUAGGGCUUCUAGAAGGUUGCUUGGUGAAUACUGGUUCUCGUGUCAUGGUCUUCACAUCAGGACCUGCAACAAUCGGCCCAGGGAUCAUCGUCAACUCUGAUCUUGGCAAUGCCAUCAGAACUCACCGAGACCUUAAUAAUGUUCAUGCAGCUUACUAUAGAAAAUCCUGUGAAUUCUACAAGCAAAUAUCUCAAAGGUUAUCUGAUUCAUCCAUCAUUCUUGAUCUUUUUGCCUGCUCUCUGGAUCAGGUUGGAGCAGCAGAAAUAAAAGUACCAGUUGAAAGUUCAGGUGGUUUCAUGAUGUUAGGGGAAUCAUUUGCGUCGGACCAAUUUAGAAAGUGCCUGCGUCAAAUGUUUGACCGUGAUGACAGUGGAAAUUUAAAGAUGUGUUUUGAUGCAACUAUAGAGAUAGUAACGACAAAAGAUGUGAAGAUUUGUGGGGCCCUUGGUCCCUGUAAUUCUAUGCGGAAGAUGAAUAAUUCAGUAAGCAACAAAGAAAUUGGUGAGGGUGGUACUUACAUUUGGAAACUGGGGACAGUCACUAGCAAAACAUGCAUUGCUUUCUUCUUUGAAGUGGGUGAUGGACAAAAUAUUCAUUCUGGUUCUGCAUUUUUCAUACAGUUCAUAACACGUUAUCGAUAUGGUAACAUGGGAAUCCGGAAAAGGGUGACAACCGUUUCACGAAGGUGGGCCAGGAAGCACUCUCCUGAAAUUGCUGCCGGGUUUGAUCAGGAAGUAGCAGCUUCAGUUAUGGCUAGACUUGCCAUCCACAGGACAGAGAGAAGUCAUGCACAUGAUGUUGUAAGAUGGUUGGACAAGACAUUAAUUCGUUUUGCUUCUAAAUUUGGGGAUUACAUGCCAGAAGAUCCAUCUUCCUUCCGUCUUUCAUCCAACUUCUCUUUAUACCCACAAUUUAUAUACUACUUGAGGAGGUCACAAUUUAUUGACGUCUUCAACAGCACUCCAGACGAGACAGCUUAUAUCCGUCUGAUGUUAAAUCGUGAGGGAGUGGUUAAUUCUCUUAUCAUGGUCCAGCCUACCCUUUUCCAGUAUUCAUUUGAUGGUCCCCCUGUCCCAGUCCUCUUGGACGUAUGCUCCAUAUCUCCAGAUGUGAUUUUGCUUUUUGAUUCCUUCUUUUACGUUGUCAUUCACUAUGGUUCUAAGAUUGCUCAGUGGAGAAAACUUGGUUAUGACAAGGACCCGAGCCACGAGAAUUUCAGGAAACUUCUAGAAGCUCCCGAGCUUGAUGCUGAGCAACUGGUGGCUGAAAGGGUUCCUGUCCCGAAACUUAUCAAAUGUGAUCAGCAUAGUAGCCAGGCACGGUUUCUUCUUGCCAAGUUAAAUCCAUCGGUUACUCAUAAUUCAACGUAUACUGAUGGUUCGGAAAUUAUAUUUACUGACGAUGUGAGCCUGCAAGUAUUCCUUGAACACUUGCAAGAAUUGGCAGUGCAAGAUCCUUCUGGCCACGAAUUGAAUAGGAUCGUUACAGCAGCUCAUGACUUAACAUGGGGAGUACCUAGACUUAAGUGUGGACUUGAUAAUGCAAGUGGCAUAGAGGGUUUGCCACUGCAAGGAGCUGAGAGAAUUAGCAUCCAGGUACUGGAGCUACUGCUCCUGUCCGAGUUGUUGGAUGAUAGACUGGGCCAUGAUGAGUCUCACACUGUCUCGAAAGAUCAGUUCAACCAUUACGAUUCUGUUGUUGUGGACAGAGAUGAAGCAGUGGAAGAUGGCGGUGAAAUGGCUGGGUCCGUUCUUGAUGUUGGGGAUUUAGAACUUGGUAAAAAGGUUGGGGAAGAAUUGGUGCCAGUGGUUGACACAAAAGUGGAGACGGUGGUUGUGAGAGAGGAAUCAAAGUACCUGAUGCUAAAACUGAGACAGAGAUUAAGCUGGAGAUAG